CGCGGGCGGCGGCGCGGGCGGAGCAGUCCCUGCCCGAGAGAGGGAAUGGCGGAGUUCAGGGCGGCGGGCGGAUGAGAGAGCGAGAGAGAGAGAGAGAGGCAAGCAAGCCGCUCGAGGGCGGAGAAUGCGGGGGAACCGGCGCGGCUUUCGCUGAGAUCGGGCGGGGCGGGCGAAGGCCGUCGCGCUCCGUGAGGGGAGCGAGCGAGCGAGCGAGCAGGGCCCGCGGCCUUUGUCUUCCAGCCGCCCCUCCGGACCGGAGCCAGCCCACUCUCCACCAAAGUUUACCCCUUCCCGCCGCCCUCUGAUAUAUUUCGCCCGACUUUCAAUCGAUUAAAGGGGAGGAGCGUGCGGGUUCUACAUCUGCCGACUUUUAAACGUUAAAGGGAAGUGGGUGGGUUAAAGGAAGUUGCUACCAAUUUGGCCACUUUUAAUAAGAGCCUUUCAUUUUGCCGAUUUAUAAUCGGUUAAAGGGUUUCCUGAGGCUAACAUUGGACAGUUUUGGAGGUUCGGGCUCCAUUGGCCCUUUGGUUACUUAAAGUGGAGGGGAAGGGGUGGUAGAGGGCAGGGAAGCCAUGCGGGAGUAUAAGGUGGUGGUGCUUGGAAGUGGGGGUGUGGGCAAGUCUGCCCUGACAGUGCAAUUUGUGACGGGCACUUUCAUUGAAAAGUAUGACCCGACAAUCGAGGACUUUUACCGCAAGGAGAUCGAAGUGGACUCGUCACCAUCGGUGUUGGAGAUCCUUGACACGGCUGGCACUGAGCAGUUCGCCUCCAUGCGGGACCUGUACAUCAAGAAUGGUCAGGGCUUCAUCCUGGUCUACAGCUUGGUCAAUCAGCAGUCGUUCCAGGACAUCAGGCCCAUGCGGGACCAGAUCAUCCGCGUCAAGCGCUACGAGAAGGUGCCCGUAAUCCUAGUCGGCAACAAAGUGGAUUUGGAGAGCGAGAGGGAAGUAUCUUCGCUGGAGGGCCGAGCCCUGGCUGAGGAGUGGGGCUGCCCCUUCUUGGAGACGUCGGCCAAGAGCAAGACCAUGGUGGAUGAGCUAUUUGCUGAAAUCGUCAGGCAGAUGAACUAUGCAGCCCAGCCGGACAAGGACGACCAAUGUUGUUCUUCCUGUGUGCUGCAGUGAAGACGAUAAAGAUACCUUGGGUGAGACCAGAUUGAAUCAGUCCUAUUUGGGAGGACUACACCAUCUCCUAACCUAAGAAACAUCUAGAUUAUUUCAUAUUGCUGUUAUAAGAAGACAAAGAUAUUCGACAAGAGUUUUAUGACAAAAUGAAAUUAAUCAUCAAUAGCUGCUCUUGCUGUGUACUGCAGUAAAGAAAGUAAAGCAGAUGUCUGGCUGACACAGACUGAAACACCUUUAUGUGCAGGACGUACACCUAUUCAGCAUGACAACUAGAUUACAUCACGUUGCUGUUGUGGGAGAGAAGAUAUCAUCAAGAGCUUUAGUGGCCCUGCUCCUUCAAUCUUAUUUUGUUUGAACAAAAGCAAGGUUCUUGUAAAAAGAAAACAAUUGGUGAUGAUUUGCAUAAAUUGCAUUAGUUCUGACAGCAUAAACCUAGAAGAACUGGACUGUUUCAAAGCAUUGUGGGGGGGGGUGGGGGAAGCAAUCAACAAGUUUUGCAGAAGCAUAAGACUGAGGAUUUGGGCCAGUGUUUUGGCUGUGUUUGUGCACUGCUUUUAUAAAAACUUUUUUAACAAAUAAUUUGCUAACGAGAUUGAAGCCCACACUUGACACGUCUGGCUAAUCUCCUCUGAUGCGAUGCCAAUAAGAAAUUUAAAUAAUUUAGAGAGGAAGUAAGUCAACCGAAAGUUCUACUGCAAAACCAAAAUGAGAGUAGAGACUUGUCAGAUCUUGUCUUCUGCAGUGAAAGGGAAAACUGCCUUCUAUGUGUCCUGCUUGGUGCAUAUGUGGAAGAGGCAACCGGCUACAUAUUGCUGCUCUUCAGAGAAGAAAGGGAGAAACCAGUGAACCUUUUUAACUCUUUAGAGCCAGGAGCAUAAUAAUGCCAUGAGACUAUCAACGGGAUUCCAUCAGUGAGCACAAAUUGUUCCUCGGUGCAUUACGUUGAAUGUUAACAAACAGUCCUGUAGUUUCAUCAUAUAUAAAGAUGGAUAUUAAGUUGCUCUGUUAAAAGCCAGAUGGAAGGGGAAACAAACAAAUCGGUUGGUGAUCCACCAAGAUGAAUGUGUCAAAGAGGAAGAAGAAUAUUUCAAAUACUGUAUGCUUUUUUAAAAUUUUGUGGGCGGCACUUUGAUGGUGGAAGCCAUUCAUUGUCAUCCUGUGUGGAUCUGCAGGGAACUGGGGAAGGGGGUUUCAGCUGGGUGGGGGAGAAAAGGUCUCUAAUUUCUAUCUUGCGCCGGGGAAGACCAUCAUUUGUUUCAAGAUCAGCGCUAUUCAAAAUUUGGGUUGCAAAAAAAAGUAAUUGGCUUUGUGCAGUUUAGAGAUUUGGCUAAUGGUGUUUUUAAAUUGUGUGUUUUUAUGUUGUCCUUCAAAUGGUUUAUAGAAAGAGAACAUGAGAAAUAAUUUCCAUCCCUCAUAGCACAAGGUGGGGAAAAAUGAAUCUAAAUCUGUUUUCUGUGUAGAAUACUGGUGGACAGUUCAGGAAGAUACAUGAAUGGGAAACUAGUAAACUGCUUGUAAUGCAGAGAAAUAAAAAUAUUAGUUUUUUGUGCAAGAUGAAGAAGUUAGAAUCCUGUGUCCAACGGUGGAAACAAGGUUUUUAUACUGAGCUGGAGACAGAGACCCUUAGACAAACUGAAUAAUUUCCAGCAACUUAUGUUGCCCAGGUCUGGGAGGUGGGAAGGAAACCUAUUCUAAAUGGCUGCCUGUGAUUUGGAUUGCAAAGGUGUGAGUGGCUGUCCUGCCGUGUGAAAAAGAGGAAGGGAUGCCUCUUGCAGGUGAGGGCAAGGAUGAGUUGCGGAGCACUGCCUGUGAGAUUGGCAGAAAUCUUCAGUUACAUUUGGAAAAUUGUGCUAAAGGGGGGCUGAUGUCUCCCCUUCACACGAGUGACUACCACCUGCUUUCAGAUGUGUUUUCAAUAGGUAUGGUGGUACGUGGAGCUCAAGGGGAAUGUGUGUCCUAAGAUCGCCUGUAACAUGUUGGUAGUGUCUCAAAAUUCCACAGCAUCCAAGUAGAAAUAACGUUCAAAAAAUAUGGGACUGCAGUCAAUCCAGACAAAUGUGAUUCAGAUUCUUGUAUUGCACGUUGAGGAAUAAAUAUGUUGCAUUCGCUGCUUGAUUCUGUAGAAAUUGAAGCCUUUUUAAUUGAUCAAACAUUACGGACUAGAAAUGAUUCCCCACAAUUUCCUUUUUCCUAAUCCAAAAGUGAUAGAAAUAUAUUUUCUUUUAUGAAUGGUGCUCAAUACUUUAAGUAUUAUGGUGAUUUUUUUUUAAUGUUUUGAGCCAAGAAUAUGGUGUAUGCAUGGCUGAAUACCAGAUUGUUGCUAAAGUCUUACAUUGAAGCAUUCAGCUAUAGUUAAAAUUGCAGUAGUGGUGUUUUUCUUUCACUACUGUCUUAUUUUGCUUUUAAAUAUGACUGUUGUUACAGGAGGAUUUUAUUUUUAAUUUAAUAUGGCAUUGCAUAGAACCAGCACUUUGGAAUCGUGAAGUUAGUUUUUCCAAAAGUUGAUCCAUACGGAGAUGAUGGUAACCAGAAUCUCCGUAAAAGUUGCUACACCUGAAUGAACAAAACAUGUGUGUAGAUUUGAUACAUCUCGUAUUCAGCUUUUAUUACAAGGUUUCCUGCAGAGUUCAUUACUUGGUGGGUUUAAGGAUGAUGGGCAAGUGAAAAUCCGAACAGGUUGCUGUGUGCACCAAUGACAAGCAAAGCAGCUGGUUUCACUUCGAUUUUUUUGUUUUUCCUAUUCUGUUCUGAUCCUUACUGGAAAUGACUUCCUGUAUCUUCAAUGGUAUAUGAUGGAUUGUGUGAUUUCGUGUUGGAAAAAAAUAACUGCAAAUUUUAAGUGCAGAUUUAUUUUACUGAAUGAAAGGACAUUUCUGCAAAUUGGGAUUGUUUAUUUUUCAUUUCUAGAAUAAUAAACUGAAGAUGCAGUAAAUGGGGAUCCACUCUGUGACGUUUUUAUAAAGGAUGGUGGAAGCCUUGGCCUCAUUUAUGAUGUAUGGACAUUUUUAAGCAUUCAGAAAUAUAAUUGGUUAUUGGUAUAUCUCAGCUUAAGUUUACAUUUUUUUUCAAACAGUGGCUUGCAUUGUUUUUAUUAUUUACCUGAAUUUUAAUAUGUAUUUACAGUAAUGCUUCAUUUAAUUUUAAAUAUUUCCCACCCCUUAAAACACCUGUGUAUGGGCAACAUUCUUUGCAAUGUAGAUAAUUUAGUUGGUGCUGGCAUGUUUUUAAACAGCUUAAUAAUGCUGGUUUGAUUUAAACUUCGAAAACAGGUUUUAUCUCUCACUUAAAUGAUGAUUUAAAGAAAUUUGCCUUCAUAUGCACAGUAGAUUUACAGGUACGCAUUGCAAUUAUGAAAAUAGACAGUUUUUCAAAACUAGUGUUUACGGUCGUUGGAUUCCAGGAAAUGACUAACAAAAUUACUUAAUUGGGAGUUGGGAAGGGGAAUGAUUGGAGAUUUUGUCUCUUGUCUGAACAAUUGCCACAAGAUAUUUGCAGUUACCUCUCAUUUGGUUGUAGUUUUCCUUGAUGGGUCACCUCCCACAUAGUAUGCUAAUGUCAUUCUUUGAUUGUUUACUUUCCACAUUCCACCAUUGGGGUUCAUACUGUGGAGCUCCUCAAAGAUUUGUGUAAAACCGGCCAGGUUUAAAAACAAAGGUAGACAAAAAUGCUGGAAAAACUCAGCGGGUGAGGCAGCAUUUAUGGAGCGAAGGAAUAGGUGACGUUUCGGGUCGAGACCCUUAAAAACAAAAUCUGUUUUUAAGAUGGAUGACGAUAAAGUAAAUUGACUGGGAAAUGAAUUUUCUCACAAUUCUGUGAUGCACUGAGACAGACUUUCUUACUGAUAAUGUGGCAUAUUGGCCAGAACACAUCCCUUUCAAACUCGAUGAAAUGCUGUUGUGCAUUUGUCUUACUUUGGUCAUUGAAAGUUGGAAACAAAUCAAUUUAUUGAACACAAAUACAAAAUUACAGAAACCAGUUGAUUUCAGUAUUAAACUAUAAAAAUCUUGAGGAUGAAUAGAUUAAUGUGAAAUAUAAUUACCUCACCAAUGCAAGUCUUUUAAUCAGCAGUUAUUCUUUCAAGCUUAUUGCAAGAGAUUGAUUACUUAGCUGAUAAGUUGUUCCAUUGAAAGAAGAACCGUGUUAUCUAGUGCCUGAUCACAUGCUCCCAAUGUCAUGAAAUGUUUACUAGAAUAUAAAUCCCAUUGUGUGAUUGGUGUUGUGGCAAAUGCUAUCUAUUAUGUCAGCUUUACCAGAAUUUUGAUUGAAUCAAAUUCUGAAAUACUUUUGGAUUGUUCAGACUUGAAUAAUGUUUUGUGAUAUGAAACACAAGGACAAUUGGACCAAUAUGUAAAGUGAAAUUAUUCUCCCAUAAAUGAAAUAUAACUGAAUUCCUCAUAGUACAGAAAUAGCAUCAAGCAGUCAUUAAUUAUGAAUUACUUUGAAUAUUUUCAAAACCUAUAAAUCUACUAUUAUAUUUCAAUUCUGUUCUGGCAUGGAUUGAAAUCUUGGUGCUAGCUCACAGCUUAGUUAAUGUCAAGAAAGAUUCCCAAAGCCAAGUUGGACUAGAUGUAUUUAAAAUGCUGAUUGCUCUGAUAGUUUUGCUGUUGAGCAACAAGAGCACUCCAAACAUCUUCUGGAUCUGAAAGCUCUCGUAUACAGAUGGUGUACACAGGUUAAACUAGUAUUUAGUUGUAUGGCGUGUAUACUUAAGUUCUGUCAUUGAAAAUGUAACAUUUAUGAUGACUGGAUAAAAGGAGCUAUUCAUCAGUGUUUUUAUUCCAAUUUUGUCUUUCUAUUUAUUUUGUAAAGUUGGAACAUUUGGAAACCGCAAGGUUUUCGCAUAACCUGCUAACUGUGCAUAAAUGGAAAAGCCAGACAUGUCAAAACCUCAAACUUAAAUUAUUUGUAAUUACUUCCAAUGUAUGGAUGUAUUUGAACAAAUGUAAGUAUCUAGCCUGUGCUAGACCACUAACGUCUGCUGAAUGAACAGUUCCCAUUUCUAUUUGUGCUUUUAUGUUAGGGGCACAUUCCAUUGAAUUUUCCCAAAUUCCUGAUCUUCAUUAUCAGUUGGUUUCCAAAAGUGGGGAGAAGAGUUGCUUUUUUAAUAAGAUUACCCUUUUAUGGCUGUAAACUCCUGAGUACAUCGACUCAUUCUGCAUUUCCUUCCUUGUUGGACACCUAAAUAUUGAUCCAGUGAGCUAUUACAGUCCUCUCCAAGUGGACUAAAACUGCACACUAUUCAAACUGGUAUCGCCAAGGCCAGUGGAGUUAUUGCACAAAUUUCUUCCAUCGCCAUUUUUGUAACUUGGCUAUAUAUCGGCAGCUUCUAUGCAAGAGACUGCUAAUUGAGGAGCAAACACUAAUGGCCAGGACACCAAGCAAGCUUCACCGCAAUUAUAGUAGUGCUUUAGAUAUUUUUAUUCAUCCAUUUCUGUCUAUCGUAACCCAACAUUUUGUGAUCAAGUGUUCGGAAUGGUGCUUGAAAUGGCAGAUUCCAUUCUGGAGAAGACCAAAUAAUAGCAACCCUCGUACACGACAGAUAUUCGGAAUGCUUUACAAAAACUUCCUGUUCUUGGUCGAAAAGCUGCUUGAUCAUUUUUUAAAAGUGCAAAUAUUUUUCCUGCAACCUUUUUGGAUUGGGUGCUGAAAUUUUGUCAAAAUCCUCACACACUUGCUUAAAAACAAAAUUGGGCUAACAUUGGACACUCUCAGUAAAAAGAUACAUUCUUGGAAGAACAUCUUACUGUGAAUUUGAUGUGCCUAGGCACUAAACAUUAAUAGGCACAGCAUUUUUAAAAAAAUGUUUUGCUGUGCAUGGUAUCUGCAUAAUCAAAUUUCUGACCGAAGCCAUUUUGUGUAUGUGGUCAAAAUAAUUGGAGAUAAUUGCAGCCAUCCCAAGUUGACAGGAAGAAACCUUGUUUUUUCCAAACUCAAUUCUAAAAGGUGGCUCUGUCAAUACUAGAAUAUACAGUGUUUGGCUUAACUGUAAAGUAAUCCUUCAAUGUUGUGCUCCGAGGUAUGAAAUGUAGCCCUGUGGGUUGGCUGGAUAAUGUGCCAUUUAUAUUAAGUGAUGUGACAGCCUCAGUGUAAUUAAACCAUUGCAUUAAUAACCUGGCCAAAAGGGAACAAUGUUUUCCAAAGAAAAUGAGUCCAGUUCAUUUAGGUGAGUAGACUAAUUUAGAAAUCUCAAAUUUUCUUAUUCAAACUCUACCAUUAAAUAGCUGAGAAGAUUGCAGUUUUGACACGCAUGUAGCUUUGUCACUUGUUUUGUUUUACCAAUUCAGAACAGCUUUAGUGAAAUGUUUGAUUUUAAUGUAGGGAAAUAUUUGCUGUUGUCCACAAUAAAAUGUGAUUGCAGCCUUGGGUUACAGGAGCUACACUGCUGCUCAAAUACAACAAGCACUUGGGUCCUACACACCCAAUCACCUUAUGCUUGUGUGUCCUGUUUGUGUUGCCCUCCCAGCAGUUGCUACUUGACCUGAAUAAUUUUAACGUCUACUGUUUUUUAUUUCUGCCCUAGGGUUGGGAGUUGGCCCACUUGGUGUGGUAGAUAUUUGUUCUUAAUUACUUACUGCCCAUGUAAAAGUACCAUUUCACCCUCACAUUGAGGUUCACAUGAGAGUAUUAUCCCACACUCUUCAUUUAGUUUUGCAGUGUGAACCGUAAUCUGGAGUGACUCAGCCAGUAAAAGUGACAGUGAAACAUAAUACUUUCACAAAUUAAGAGUCACCCUAAAAUAAUGGGACAGGUCUGUGUUGUCACAGAAGAGUAAAGGUUUUCUUUGCCUAAGAAGCAAUCGGUGCUGUUGGUGUUGGAUUUGAUGGAGUAAUAUUACUGCUCAAGUGCUGUUUUUGAUGAUUUUUUAAAAGGAAUGUAGUUGAGGGAAUUUUGCAAAUGUGCAAUUAAAUCCCGGGGCCCCUUAAAAUUGUGAAAGCAGACCCAUUUCAGUAGUGUCACCAGCAAGGGACUAGAUUCAGUGUCCAUCCAAAAUUCUGAUUGCUAUGUGUUAUUGUACUACAAACAUUAAAAACAAACCAAUCUUCCAAUUGGGUCCUUUUGAUCUUUGUAUGGUGUCUUGCUAAUUGCAUUUGUUUUUAAUUUUGGCACUGCUGGGAGGUGGAUAGAGAAAGUUGAGCUAUUUCCUCGCUACCCCAGUAGCUACCAAAAAGCUCUUCUGUAAAAGCUUAAUCCAACUUAUUUACCUUAGUAAAGAAUGUUGCCUUAACAGGACACAAUGGUCUGGGUUCUGGUUUUAGCUAAUAAUGUAUUGGAAAAUUGUUUACUUUCUUGUUAAGAUCAAGAAACCAAACCACCAAUUGAUAUUAUAAGAAUCUAUUGUAUUAUUUUCGCUUUACUGGUUUCCUGAUGCUUUUUUUUUCCCUUAGUAUUUCAUUUGGUUAACAUGAGUUUUAACACCAAUAUAUAAUAUGCCGCUUCUCUGAAGCGAAUGAAAACAUAACCUUGUUGGCAGUUCGCUGCGGAGCACUAACACAAUUGAAUACUUAAUGGCACCAUUUUUACCAGGUGUUGACUGUGCUUUGGCCUUGUUUCCGAAUUAAGCAAGAAGUGUAAAUAUAAUUUGAUGCAAACAUGUCAACUGUAUUUGGAUUUAAAUUAUUUUAACAAAAUUAAAUUUUAUUUAAUGAAA